AACAAAGCUGGGAUGUUUGGGGAAGGGAGAAAAGGGAGGAGUUUAGGAGCAGGAGGAAAACGGCGUGUUUAUUUAAGAGAUAAAUAAAACAUUGAAGGUUUGGUUGAUCUUUGGUGAGAUGGGGGUUCGUGACUGCCAGAUCUUUCCUGCAGCAGCUGGAAAAUGUUGUUUGUGGCAUUCUGGAGGGAUGCUCGGAGCAGCCAGGGAAGGACAAAUCCAGCUGAACUCCUCGGCGAGUGGCUGGGGAGCGAGUGGUGGGGAGAAAAUGCAGGAAAAGGAUAAAAACUGGGACAAAUGCGACCUCCUCUCCUCUGGGCCUGGCAGAAAAGGGUUAAGAGAAGCGUUGAAUGCUGCAAGCCUCGUCAGGGUUGUACUAUUUUUUCUAGUGCAUAAGGAGAAGGGAGAGGAGGGUUGCACGGAAAAGGGAAAUUUCCAAGAAAAGAGGGAUCUGCGGCAAUAUCUGCACCUCGGGGGAUGAAGAGAGGAACCAACAGGCAUAAAUGGCCUGGAGAUGGCUGAAAUCUUUGCCGAGGAGAUUGGGACCGCGGGGUUAUUUUCCACCUGCCUCCCCUGCCCGGUUCUGUAAUCCUGGCUCAAAGUAGACAAGUCGAGUUGGAGCUGAAGAAGGGAGGCGAUGCCACACCUCCCGAGGACACUGGGGACAUCGGGUUUUGCUGAGCUUAGCAGCUUUUCACCGUCGUACCGAAGGCAUCAGACAGACGCUCAUCUGCCCUGAAGUGCAGAUCUGCAACAGCUCCCGGGAAGACUCUGUCUCUCUGUCUCUCUGUCUCUCUUUCUCUCUCUCUCCAGUCCAAACCAUUACAAGACCUGACUUCCACCAUCUGGGAAUCUAACCCCUCUUAUGUCCCUUCUCCUUUUUCUACGAUGACUCACCAUAAUUUUUAACUUUGAAGAGAGAGGAAAUUAUGGGGAUCUUGGCAACCUGUAUUUCUCUCUAGGAUUUCCCCAGGGGUCAGAUAAUCGGUGUUACUAAGAGACACUAAGAUUUGGCUUCUCCAGGUAAUGUGAUUUGUUUUCUGUGUGCCAUGGUGGUUUGCAGAGGAUGACAGGAGCCGGGACACCAGCGGUCGAGGAGGGGGACUGCGCUGGUCCGCGGGGCAGCCGGAGCCGCCGGCUCCACAUUCCGGCAGCCGCAGAGCUCGGCUGCAGGCAGGGAGGGCAGCAUGUCACCAGGGAAAGAGGAUUGGGAAGGUGUUAAACUUAAAAGCCGAGCUGGAGCUUUCCCGGAGGGUAGAUUGCCUGAGAUCGCACGGUUAAAUGUUAAUUAACCCUUAGCUGCAUGCCUGGAAAUGAGCUGAGUCUGGCACCCCGCGGGGUCCUCUCGCCACUUCAGGGCUGCAUGGGGUUAUUUUUUUCCCUUCCUUUCUCCUCCCUUCCCCCUCUUUAUUUUUUUUAACCGGAUUUUUUUUGUUUUUUUUUAGCCAAAAAAUAAGCCCUGGUUUACCAAUGCCAGUUUUCCCACGCUGGUUUCGAACAGGUGAUGGUUCCUCAGGUGUUUUCUCUGUACCACCUAAGGGGUUUAGAUGGGAGUUGUUGAACUCUGUCCCAAGGAAGGCAAAUUAACCCCUCCAGGAAGGGGAUAGACGUGCUAGGAAGGGAUCUGCUCUCCUCCCCCCAACUUUAUUCCAUCUCUCUCUUUCUCAGCAGGGGCGAUUUUCUUUCUUCUUCUUCUUCUUCUUCUUCUUCUUUUUUUUUUUUUUUUUUCUCCUCUUUUUUAAUCUCAUCCCUUCGCCUUUUCAUGAGACUCUUCCAAACCUACGUACCUGUCCUUCUGCAGGAUAGUAGCCCUGCCCUGAACCCGACCCCACCGCUGGGAAGAGUUUAGCAUAAGGAUUUUCUUUUAAAGCCCAAUAUGACAGUUGCCACCGGAGAUCCUGCAGAUGAAGCUGCAGCUCUCCCCGGUCACCCGCAGGACACGUACAACCCCGAGACCGACCAUGAGUGCUGCGAGAGGGUGGUCAUCAACAUCUCGGGGCUGCGCUUCGAGACGCAGCUCAAGACACUUGCCCAGUUUCCAGAGACCUUGCUAGGGGAUCCUAAAAAGAGGAUGAGGUAUUUCGACCCUCUCAGGAACGAGUAUUUCUUUGACCGGAACCGGCCCAGCUUCGAUGCCAUCCUGUACUAUUACCAGUCCGGGGGGAGGUUGCGGCGGCCGGUGAACGUGCCCUUGGACAUCUUCUCCGAAGAGAUCCGCUUCUACGAGCUGGGGGAAGAGGCCAUGGAGAUGUUCCGGGAGGAUGAAGGCUACAUCAAGGAAGAGGAGAGGCCGCUGCCUGAGAAUGAGUUUCAGAGACAAGUGUGGCUGCUCUUCGAGUACCCCGAGAGCUCAGGCCCUGCCAGGAUUAUAGCUAUUGUCUCUGUCAUGGUGAUUUUAAUCUCCAUCGUCAGCUUUUGCCUGGAAACCUUGCCCAUUUUUCGGGAUGAGAACGAAGACAUGCACGGCAGCGGGCUGAGCCAUCCCCCCUACUCCAACAGCAGCAUGGGGUACCAGCAGUCCACUUCUUUCACAGACCCCUUCUUCAUCGUGGAGACACUUUGCAUCAUCUGGUUCUCCUUCGAGUUCUUGGUGAGGUUUUUCGCCUGCCCCAGCAAGGCUGGUUUUUUUACCAACAUCAUGAACAUCAUAGACAUCGUAGCCAUCAUUCCCUACUUCAUCACCUUAGGGACAGAGCUGGCUGAAAAGCCAGAGGAUGGCCAGCAGGGCCAGCAGGCCAUGUCCUUGGCCAUCCUCCGAGUCAUCCGCUUGGUGCGGGUCUUCAGGAUCUUCAAGCUCUCCCGGCACUCCAAGGGGCUGCAGAUCCUGGGCCAGACUCUCAAGGCCAGCAUGAGGGAGCUGGGCUUGCUCAUCUUCUUCCUCUUCAUCGGCGUCAUCCUCUUCUCCAGCGCCGUCUACUUCGCCGAGGCCGACGAGAGCGAGUCCCAGUUCCCGAGCAUCCCCGACGCCUUCUGGUGGGCCGUGGUUUCCAUGACGACUGUUGGCUACGGAGACAUGGUCCCCACGACCAUCGGGGGGAAAAUAGUGGGUUCCUUGUGUGCCAUCGCUGGUGUAUUAACCAUUGCCUUACCAGUGCCCGUCAUAGUGUCUAACUUCAAUUACUUCUACCACCGGGAGACCGAGGGAGAGGAGCAGGCUCAAUAUUUGCAAGUAACCAGCUGCCCAAAGAUCCCCUCUUCCCCUGACCUAAAGAAAAGCAGAAGUGCCUCUACUAUUAGUAAGUCUGAUUAUAUGGAGAUUCAGGAAGGUGUAAACAAUAGCAAUGAGGAUUUUAGGGAGGAGAACUUGAAGACAGCCAAUUGCACCCUAGCUAACACAAACUAUGUGAAUAUCACCAAAAUGCUAACCGAUGUCUAGUCGCUAAAAUCUAGUCCCGUAUUUAAAGCUGAAGUGGAACAAUUGCAGAUAUUGAGUGCUGCUCUGCAUUGUAGUUAAUACAGUAUUUUCUACGGUGUAUAUUUGGUUCUGCAUGGGAAGCAAUAGCUGUGUAAGUGACUUUUAACCUUUGAUUUCCGCACCGAAUAAGCGUCCGUGCAAAAAAAAAAAAAAAAAAAAAAAUCCAAAACCAUUUCGUUGCCCUUCUCCCACCCCAGGCUCGUGGGAAAGGCACCGAGGGAGGACUUGGAGCAGCGGGAUGGGGACGGCAGGGGCAGCUCUGGGGUGCCACAAAUCCCGGUCCCUGUCCGGGGUGACCCGGGGAGCAGCGGGGGAAGGUCAGGCAGAGUUUCCUGCAGGGGUCGGGUUGCUGGAGGCUCGAACGCCCGGCUCGUGUUUCAUAACUGAAAAUGCUGCAUGCUGCAACAGUUUCAGCCACUGCAGUGUGCCAGCGUGAGGCCCAGGGGAGGGAUAAUUAGUGUGACGGCACGUUAUUUAUUAAGUCUUAAAUUUUCUAUGCGAGGCAUCGGGAGGGAUGAGUAAAUAAAUCAAGAGCUUGGGAUUUAUUUAUUUAUUUAGGUGACACUUCCAUCGUCAAUAUUUCCAGGAUCACCAAAGACACCUCCACUGACACAUUGAAAAUGAGUUGGAAAAAGCAUCUUUUUUUAUAUCUAUAUAUAAAACUGGAGCAACUAUGCUGUGGCCUAUAAUAUAUUUAUACUGCAGUGAAAUUUAACCGGUAAUACAGUACAGCUGCAUGGAUAUUUGUUGCAUGAAUCUGAAUAUUUAAUACACACACAAAUAUAUUUUCUUAGUAGACUAUACAGUAUUCAUGUUUAUAGUGUUUAUAGAUUCUCCUGUGGCUCGAAGGAGAUUCCUGGGAAUUAAAAAAAAUCUCCAUUAUAGUUAAAACAA